GUGUUCAAGCGUGUGCUGCGGCAGUACGCGGCGCGCCUCAGCGCCCGCCUGCCCCGCGCUGCCCAGCCCACCACAGGGGGCGAGUGGCAGGUGAAGAUGACGGAGAAGGACGAGCGCGUGGUGUGCUACACUUGUCAUCAACACAGCCGAGUACUGCCACGAGACG